CACCAUAACAAAACCCUCCUCCUUUUACUUUCGUCGGAGUUUUUGGUUGACGAGGUUCAGCUGGUUCACUCAGCUGUUCGUUGUGUUUUAUAUAUCGGAGCCUGUCGACUGAAGCUGAAGUCAUGUUUCUGAAGGUGGUCGUCCCGCUCGUGGCCCUCUGCCUGGCCGUGGGGAGCUCGAGUCUCGUCGGAGCGCCGAUGGACGGGAACCUCUCUGACCCGGGCGUUCAGGAUGCCCUGCAGUUCGCGGUGGCGCAGCACAACAGAGCCACCAACGACAUGUUUGUCAGUAAAGUUUCCAGGGUGAUCCGUGUUCAGAAACAGGUUGUUUCUGGAAUAAAGUACAUCUUCACCGUUGAGAUGGCCAGGACUUCCUGCAGGAAGGAUGGUGUUGAGGAAGACUGUCCAGUCCACUCAGACCCAGCUCUUGCAAGACUGCAAAAGUGCAAGCUUGCCGUCUGGAGUCAGCCUUGGAUGAAAACCAACAAAGUUGUUGAGAAUACCUGCAAGUAGAGCUCCUUUACCAUGCAGCACAUUUUCUCCCCUCUCCAGUGGAACCAAUUAAUCCUAAGUUUUUACCUAAUUUGAAUGUGCCGAAUGCAUCCAAUAUCUUCAGCUUGGUUGUAAUUGGUUAAAAAUGCUUUGACUAACUCUUUCUCCUGUAAUCACCCUAAAACAGGUUUCCACUAUAUGUAUAAUUCAAACCAAAUGUACUGGCAGUUUGAUGUACUAUUAAAAGAUUCCUGAAAACAUAUGUGGUACAUUUAUUGUAUUAAAAUUCAAGAUGGA